UGUGCACAGAAUGACGUCGCUCUGACUGCAAGUCCAACCGACUCCUGCGGUUUUUUUAUUUUAUUACUCCUCUUAAAAAAAAAAAAAAAAUUAAAAAAAUGCAGGGCCCCAGAUUCGUUAAUCUGCGAAAUUACAGCCAUAAUGUGAGAUUAUGCGCCGCUGCCGCCCGACCCAUCGCUGAGGCUCGUCUUGUCAGGAGCAGCGGCUCGCCGUUGAGGAUUACUAGAGAUAAUACGCAGUAGACUUUUACGGUGUGCGUUUAGCUGUCAAACUGACAGCGAUGUGUCAGGAAGAGUAGUUAGAGCGCGUUUGUUGAUAUUUAUUCACUUUGCAGUGCGCGUCUGUCCUCCCCUGUCUUCUGGAUUACCGCUGCCCAGCAACACAGCCACCUGACAACUCUGAAUGUCGUAAUUAAGGUGACUCAAUGAGCCAGCAAUGGAGACCAAAGGAUACCAAAGUUUCUUUGAUGGAGAAGACGCAGAGAAUAAAUGGUCUGAAGCCCCGAGCACGAUGGAGUACUCCUGCAGCACGGAGGAUUCGAGUCUGACUAGCAGCGACAUCCUGAUGGACGUAGUCAAUGUCAGCUGCUGUGCUGGAAGCCUGGCAGCCAACAGCAAAGACAAGAAUACCAAGAAGCAGGAGCAGCCAACGCUUCAGCUCAGCCAGAGCCAGCCAUUUGUUCUCCCACACUUCAACAACACCUUGCAUGGUCUUAAACAGGAAAUGGACUCCAAGGAGCUUUCCAAGACUGUGGCUGAGUCUAUGGGUCUGUAUAUGAACGCUGCCAGAGAGGCAGACUUUGCUUUCAGCCAUCAUGGAGGCAGCUCAAGCCCAGGGAAACCUUACCCAGUGUGUGGGCGCUCGCUGGAGGAGAACCAGUGCGGCUCCAAAAAGAGCCCCAAGUUGAAACCCUUUGGCUUUCAACAGCCAGGUUCCACUCCCAGGGAAUGCACCACUGGGACUGUAGUUAGCUCAGCGUCGAUGCUCGUGUCCUCCCUGUCUUGCAGUCCCCAGACGUCCAGCUGCAUCUCAAGCCCCGGAGGCAGCAACAACAUGGUGUCAUCUACAACCAGCCCUACAUGCUUUGGACCACUUUGCUCAUCUGCCAGCAGUCCUGGAAGCCAGACUUUGUGUGCAGCAGCUCUAGCCAACAUCAAGAGCAGGAAUUCAGUCACAUGUAGCCCUGUAGAGUCCAGCACAGUCGGUUCACCUCCGCUGACCAGUCCGCUUAAUGUCAUGAGGUCCCCCAUGUCCAGCCCACAAAGCAUGAGCAGCGUGCGAUCCCCUCCAUCCUGCAGCACUACAUGUAACAUUAGGUCGUCUGUUUCCAGCCCCACCUGUGGCAGCUGUACUGCCGCUACUAAUAGCAGUAACACAGCAAGGCUGUCCAUCUCCAGUCCGGCCUCUGGGGGCCCUAUGGCUGCCAGCAGCCCCCAGAACCCCUCCUCUGUUGGGUUUCCUGUGUCCAGUCCGGCUGGUGGGAUAGGUUUGGUUCAGAACGACACCAACAGUCCGGACGCGGAGGGGAUGACCAGAGACACAGAUUUCAAAAACUUUGAGUUCCCUAAAGUGGAGAUGGUUGACGGGGAGGUGUUCAGCGUGGGGCUGGACCAGAUGGGCAUGGUUAAGUACAUCAAGAAUGAACCUGAAACUGACUUCCGGAGCAUGUGUCUCGGCAGCUCCAAAUGUAACGUGAGCAGCGCGCCAUUAAUCACGCAGAUUAAGAGUGAGCCAAACAAAAACGAGGGUUGCAUGAACCCGCAGCCCUUCGGAGAGACGUCGCCGUCCCUCGGCCUCUUCCCCGCAUCCGAGACCACAUAUUUAUCCCUGAGGAACAACAUAGACGAGUACAGUCUCUCUGGGAUCCUAGGGCCCCCAGUCUCUUCUGUGAAUGGGAACUAUGAGACAGACUUGUUCUCCAAUAAUGUACUGUCUAAAGGGGUCAAACAGGAGUCCAAUGACGGCAGCUAUUACCAAGAGAAUAACAGCAUGUCCACCUCCGCCAUUGUUGGAGUUAAUUCCGGCGGACACUCAUUCCAUUACCAGAUUGGAGCGCAAGGAACAAUGUCAUUCACGCGGCAUGACAUGAGAGACCCGUCCAACCCUUUGUUGAAUCUAAUUUCACCUGUAACGGCGUUAAUGGAGUCGUGGAAAUCUCGGCCAGGGAUGUCACAGGGUUCACUGUCAGCCAGGAGUGAAGGCUUCUCGGGUCAGAACUGCAUCGCUGACAGCAUGUCAAGCUCAGCACUCAGACAACCUUCCUCAACGGCCAAAGUGUGCCUGGUCUGUGGAGACGAAGCGUCCGGGUGUCACUACGGUGUGGUGACAUGUGGAAGCUGCAAAGUGUUCUUCAAAAGAGCCGUGGAAGGUCAGCACAACUACCUGUGCGCUGGCAGAAAUGACUGCAUCAUUGAUAAGAUCCGAAGGAAAAACUGCCCAGCCUGUCGUGUACGGAAGUGUCUUCAGGCUGGGAUGAACCUUGGAGCACGGAAGUCUAAAAAGUUAAAACUGAAGGGAGUUAACGAGGACCUGCAGAGCUCCAAAGAUGCCCAGAUUGCCACAGGUGGCGUUGGAGGCGGCUACCUGUCCUCAGAGAAGGAGCUGACUGCCAGCGCUGCCAAUGCCCUGGUGCCCCACGGGCCUGGGGUGGUCACACCUUUUCUGCCGCCCUCCAUCUGCAGCGUGCUGGAGCUGAUCGAGCCCGAAGAGGUGUACUCUGGCUAUGACAACGCACAGCCGGACACAACUGACCACCUGCUGUCCAGUCUCAACCGCCUGGCUGGAAAGCAGAUGGUACGCAUGGUGAAGUGGGCCAAAGUACUUCCAGGUUUCCGGGGCCUGCCCAUUGAGGACCAAAUCACCCUGAUCCAGUACUCAUGGAUGUGUCUGUCCUCCUUCUGCCUCAGUUGGCGCUCCUACAAACACACCAAUGGUCAGAUGCUCUACUUUGCCCCAGAUCUCAUCUUCAACGAGGAGCGAAUGCGGCAGUCGGCCAUGUACGACUUGUGUCUGGGCAUGAGGCAAGUUAGCCAGGAGUUUGUUCGGUUGCAGCUAACCUACGACGAGUUUCUCUCAAUGAAGGUGCUUCUGCUUCUCAGCACAGUUCCCAAAGAGGGUCUGAAGAACCAGGCUGCAUUCGAGGAGAUGAGGGUUAAUUACAUCAAGGAGCUGCGGCGUUCUGUGGGAAAGGCGACCAACAACUCCGGCCAAACCUGGCAGCGCUUCUUCCAGCUCACCAAGCUGCUGGACGCCAUGCAUGAUCUCGUUGGGAACUUGCUGGACUUCUGCUUCUACACCUUUCGUGAGUCGCAGGCCCUGAAGGUGGAGUUCCCCGAAAUGUUGGUUGAGAUCAUCAGUGACCAGAUACCAAAGGUGGAGUCGGGCCUUACUCACACUAUCUACUUCCACAAGAAGUGACUCGCUGCAAAGCCGGAGCAGAAGUGGCAUUAAGAACCGAGAAAGAAAGAAGAAAACGAGGUUCAGGGAAGGGAAUGUGCGCAAGAAAGGCCUGAUCUGUCGGCCCCUCACCCUGCCGCCCUCUGAGGUGGCGUCCUCGCCUCGGAUCGCAGUCGAGUGGAGUGGUGAGGAGAAGGAUUUGAUCCUGAAGUCGCCAUAAGCAUCUUAGAGCUGUGAAUAGUUUGAGACAUCGAGCACGACACGCCGAAAUUGACUUUUGACAAACCUGACGAAAACACCCUGAUGUACACCCAUGCAACCCUGCCCCAAAGAUGAAAACAGUAUUCUGUGGAGAUAAAGCCAUACAUCACCUAGAAUAUAUUCACACAGGAGUAGAUGGAAAAUUAACACACUUACAUGCCUUCCCGUAAAUGCCCUCCACCUGCACUAUAUUGAGAUUCCCUUACAAAUCCACUGAAAAGUUGUUGUUUUUCUUAAAUUGCAAAUAUUAAAUCUAGCUUAUGCAAUCUUAAAAAGAAUAAUUACACUUGGAAAUAUCCUGCUUAGACUAGUAAGUUAGCUCUGCGUGUAGCAGCAAAGGACUUCAUGUGGAGGCUGCAGGCCUCUGUGAAGAUAACCCAAGGGCUAUACAGGUAUCAUCAUAAGCUAAAUGACGACAUCAGAUCUAACAAGUCCAAGUUUGGUUCACAAGUCUGCAUCGUGACGGCCAUUAAUGACAUCGACACAUACACAAGUUUAAAUAUUUGUAGUGAAACAAUCAAGACUAUUAUGCAAAAGUCCAAAGCUUGAGCUGUUUUGAAAUGAAUAUAUCUCUCAAGUGUGAAGAAAGCUUGAACAUGAAACUCCCGUGACUACUUCAGAGACAUUGUGUUAUAUAUUGAUGCAACACUUUACCUUUUCUGCAGAAAAAAAAUAAACAAAGUUAAAAAAAAUUUUUGCAGGAUGAAAUAAUGCAUUUACAGAAACAAUUUCAGUAAGAGUCGACUGAUAAUGGAUUUGACUGAGGUGAAUCUACAGUAAUAGCUGUCAUUUGUGUUAUCUCCAGAGCAGCUGUCCAAAUGUCUGUUUUUACCCACAAUGAAGCUAAACCAGCCCUUUGUGAACCAACACUUAUCUACUCUUCCCAGAGACAAUAAAAAAGCAUUUUAUAGAAGGGUUCGUUUUUUUUUGACAAGCCAGUCAUUUUACAUUAAGGUGCUUCAUUUCUACAAAGCGAGGCGAGACGUAACAUGUACAGUAACAAAUAGACAGCCCAGACACUACAAUAUAUAUGGACUCAAAGUCUGAACACACAUACUCUGUAAAGUUUAUAUUAUCCAACGUGGAGCAUUACUCUGCUUACAGCUAACACAUCAAUACCGAGCGAGUUUGUACAGGUAUUAACACCAUUCUCCUCAGUUGAUGUACAGAAGAUGUUUUAAGGUACGUGUUAAUGAAGAACAGAUUAUUCUGCUCAAACGGUCAAUUUUCCCAAUGUAGAUUCCUCUUUUUUUCCUCCUAUAUUUGGGCCAAGUCGUAUUACUUUCACUACGGUCUUCUGGGCCAUUUAAUAGUCUCACACCCCACUGGUUUCUGGAUGGUUGUGGAAAACUACAAUGAUGCUACUGAAAAGCGACAGAGAAGGUAACAAGUGUGUGGGGAGGUGUGAUUGUUAUCCAGUUAUUGUGCCCUGUAAGUGUGUAUUUACAUGUGUGUAUGAAGUUUGUGUGUAUUUUUUUUUAUCUCUCUCUCUCAGACAGCAUGUGAAUAGUUUAUCUGCUCUUUCAGUGUAGGUUAUUAUGCACACAUGUCAUAGAUUUUAACCAUAUCCUGUUUCCACAUUUAGAUUUGCACAGAGGAGGAACAAUGUGAAAUGAUACAUUAGCGCAGCUAGCAGGGACUGUUUGUUCCUUUAAGCAACUCUCAUAACAGAGGGAGAGAUUUCAGCAUGGUCACCUAGCCUAAAAUCAGACAGCAUAAUAUUAGCCACUUAGCCUGGUGCUGGUGUGCUGCAUUAGAGCACCAGCACCUCUCAAAGCCGGCCCAAGGCUUAGCAAGCUAAGCAGCCCCCAAUAUCAGUGACUUAAUUCACUAAAGGGAUGCACCGACCAUCAGCUGAGUUUUAACUUGACAGGACAUAAUCAGGAAACUAAAACAUCAGAUCAUUUUUGGGUCAGCAAACAUGCUAUGCUACUGGACUGCGCAAGCUACAACACCCUUUGGUGUGGAAGGGUGUACUAAGGACAGAAAACUCAACAUUAGCAUUUUGUAGUAGUUUAAAGAAGCACAACGGGCAUUUUAAAUGUUUGGAAAUUAGAUGGGUAUCUCACAAAAUAUUCGAAACAUUGUCAAAUGAGUAUACUUAAAAAAAUAAAUAAAAAUUUCUCUUUGAUGCUCAGUGUCUUUUGAGGUUGGAAGGCAGCUUUGCCAUCACCCUAAUCUCUAGCUAACUCUAUCAGGUUCAUGUUUGGACUUUGACUGGGCCACUUCAAAAUGUUUCUUACACUUCAUCAGCUAGAAGAAAAAUAUAGGUAACAUUGAAAUGUUUCACUUUAAAGAUAAGAAUGUCAAUAAUGUUAGGCAUAAUUCUAAUUUAAACGAGUAGAGCAAUUUAAACAGAUAACAGGAAGACUGAUUGUGUUGUAGCCAAGUUGCUCUGAUUUAUUAUCCUUUGUAGCUUUCAGCCUCUAUCAUGGAACAUAGUGAGUUUUGGAAAUGUCGGCUUUUGAAAUAAUCCACAUUUUAGGGAAUACACAUGGAAGCUGUUGUUACAAAGCAAACUGAUAAUCGUACAUUUAGGAGGCUAAAAUUAAAUCUGUAUCUUAAAAAUCAGGUUUAGGGCAACUGCCCUCUCAACUAUUGAGGUGGUUGCUUUGCUCUUAAGGUAAAUAAUUAAUGAGUGGUGAUUAAGUUUAUCCAAUAGAAACCAAAAUCAAUUAAAAUUGUAUCCGAAAGGUCAGAGCUUCACAAAAACUUGUAAUUGGCCACAAAAAUCUGAUCGGUGCAUCUCUACUCGAACUAAAAUGUUUCAUUUUAAUUUAAUUUGACAUAUGAAUAUGUUCUAUCAAAAUAAUAAAAUUUGAUAGUUUUGAAGAGCGUGACUGAAGUUACCAUAGUUCAGUCAUUUCUCCUGCUUGUGUCUGUGUGGGAAUCACCUUUCAUCAACACUGUAGCUGUAAAUAAAUAAAUAACAAUGAACCUUCACUUAAUGCAGGAUUCUGGCAGCUGCCUAACCAAAUGAAGAUGCCAGACAAAUUAAUUUGGGGCCCCAAAUUUAAUUCUGCUUCUGGCCCCACAUAAUCUUGGGUCGGCUCUGGAACCGUUCCACCAGACUUUUAGCUCUGUUCUGAGUUGAAGUUCAUCUUCAGGCAAACAGAAGCCAGAAUUUGUUUGUCUUUGGAGGUGUAGUAAAUAUAGUUUUAAUGAUGGGGAUCAGAAAAGGGAGAGGGUUGUGUAUUUUAUUUCUUAUUAUUGUCAAAUUGGGAGAUCAGAGGUGGAUGUGUCAAAUUUUGUCAUCCUGUUGGGUUUUUUUCUCCAUAAAUUAUGGGAAAAAAAUAUAUUGGGUAAGAAUGUGGGGCUAACUUCCCCCCUUUCAUUAUACUCUACAGAAAUAUUAUUUCAAUGUUUUUUCUCCACUGCAAUAAUUUUCAGCGCCUUUCCAGAAAGGCUUCAUUUAAUCCUUUAUUUUGCCCCCCUUUUGUUGUCCUUUUUAAAGAAUAAAAAAUGUCUAACAGUUCAUAGAAUGAAUGGGAAAGUAUUUUUGAGAGAAUUAUAUUUUGCAGGAAAACAAUAUUUAAGUACUUUGUCUAAAAAUGGUAUCCUUUUUGUAAUACAAAAUGUUAUUGCAUGCUUUUUGAUGAGAUGUUUACAUGUACUUAAAAAAAGGGAAACUUGUGCCUUUUUAUCUCACCUGAUUUACAGUUUUACAGUAUAUAUUGUAAAUAAUAAGGCAAGUCUUUAUGUUGAGUGUAGUAUAAAACAUUUCUACUUUAACCAUCUUGUUAAACAGUUGGAAAAAAAAAUGUGUUUCCCACUCGCCAUGUUCUGUUUGUUGGCUCGCAGAGUAAGGGUUGGCACAGUGAAAUGAAUGUAUCAUAUAUUGUGAGAGACUUAUGGCGCAUACUACCUGAAUGUUAGAGAGAGUACAUUUAUUAUCUACUCACUGAGGACAUUUUUUAUUUUGCUUUUUUUAUUUUCUUCAUUAUUGUUUCCUUAAACAAAUAAAAAAAAAAAUCAAAAGCACUUUUUUAAAAAUUUUGUAACAAGCUGUAUUAAGAAAGGGAUCCUCUUUGCUGUUGAUCUGAUAUCGUAACCAUGGUGACAAAGAUGACAAGCACUAUAAUAAUAAAAACCAAGGAGUCACAUACUGUUGAAACUGGGACAUGUUAAAGGAAGUUAUUGACUUUUUAGCACUGAAAUAUAAACAGGUGAACACAUUAACACAGAAUCACUGACUUCAACAUAAGUUUGUGCUGGCGUUAUUAUUAUUUAUUUUAUUUUAUUGCAAAUUAUCAAUUGAAAAGAAAUGUGCAUGAAGGUUUGGCCAUCAAAGAAAAUAAUUUGACAUAAAGAAAGGUAGAUGCAGGAUGUUGAAACUUCUGCAACCUCUCCAAGCGAGACUGGAUGUCUCAUUAUAGGACAUGUUUAUGAGCUGUGAGUAAACUUAAGAAAAAACAAACUAAUAAAAUAAAUUUUAUGUUUGGUUCCAUUGUGUUCACAAAAUUAUCUUCACACUGUAAAUUAGGCUAUUUGAAAACGUGAAAGGGAAAACUGUGAUUUUUUUAGUUAUUUUUUUUAUGUUUUUAUGUCUGUGGAGUUAUAGUCAGUAUCUACCUUCAGCAGACAGUAAUCUGGAUAAUCUCUGUUGGGAGAAACUUAAGCUAAUUUCUUAAGUAAAGAGUCUGAAAGUGGAUUCAAAAACAACUUUUAAGGAACAUAUAGAUUUCAAAUGACCAUGUAAUGUUUUCAAGAAACACAUUUUACUGACUGAGCGAUGGAUGCUUCACAACAUGAGAUUUGAACAUAAUCAGUUCUUUUAAAGACAGGCAGGAAGUAUCUACUAACUUUAAAACACUUAAAGGAAAUGUCGUCCAAUUUGAACCACAUAUUGUUCCUGUUUAUAUUAAUACAGUAAAAUACAGUUUGUUUUAUUGAUUUUGCCAUAAUUUCAUUGAAAUUUAAAAAUACAAUGCAAAGCAAAGUUAUAAAACAACCAUUAAAAUGUCAAAUGCAAUAAUGUGAAGCGAUUCAUUUUGUAUCUGGAAUUGCUUAUUCAGCCACAUUUAUUUGAAGCUUCAAAGCAGGACAAAAACAACUUCAAACCAAUUCACUCUGCUGGGUAAAACACAGAAUUUCAAGUUCCUGUGUAACAUAAUUUAUAGAUAUUUUGCAUUGCUUUGGUGUAGAGUACUUUAGAAAUAAUUUCAUUUAUAUGUUUUGCAUCAAUGGAUGUUGAGAUGUCAAAGCUUUGUUACUGAACAACAGGUAAAAAGUUGUGAUUGCUCCUGACUGUUUUCUAAAUUUGUUUACCCCAGACUGUGAAAACUACAUAGUUGUGGUUCAAUACAAAUACUUGAACAUCUCAGAGUAAACAACAAUUUUAAAGCACAAAGAUUGGAGCAGAAAUUCAAUCUGGACUAGCCAUUAGUAGGACUCUUUCAUGGGAACUUCUGUUUCCCCAAACUGAGAUAGUUCUGAAAGCUUUCAGCAGGUAACAUACUGACUAAUGACAAAUCCACAAAAUCCACACUUCAAAUUUUUCCCAAACUAUUCUUUACAUUUUUACUGGCAAAAUAUGAGCUACAAACAGUGGGGGGAUUAAAGUGUGACAGCAAAGUAUUGAACCGGGAACACGGGGAGUGUUGGAAAUAAGUGAGCAUGGAAAUCUAUCUGUGCUCAAGCUGCAUUGUUAGUAAUUCAAUAUUUCCAACUGUCACUUUAACAAAGUGAGAGAAAAGAAAAUCUUCUGCAAGUAAGUGCAAUUCUCUGUCAGCAGACGGACCCGUGAGCUGUAUUGACACUCUCAUUCAACUUCCAGCAAAAAGUAAACAAGAAUAUUCACAACUGUCAGACUAGUUCCAAGAGAGGGAAGCUGAUUAAUGUACAGUUUAUUUUUUGGUCAUCAGUCAUUACCUACUGCCAGCUAUAAAACUUUCCCAAAACUCCAGGGAGCUGCAUUGUCUUCUGAACAGUCCUCUUCUAAAUUCACUCUCCUUUUUUGGCUUGUUUGUCUCACGAUUAGUCUAACUGCUGUUCCUGACACUAUUACGUCAUUGUGUGUAUGGAGUCAUGUCAUUGCCGUUUUUCAGAGUUGUGAAUCGGGUGUAGACAGUCUAAGCCAUAUCUCCACGGCCAUGGCAGUGCAUUAUUUAUUAAUAAAUAUAUAAAUAUAUAUAUAUAAAAAUAUACAGAAAUGCUUUUUUUCCAGAUCCAAAAAUACCUUUUUACUCAGUACAAGUUUUCUUAGCAAACAUACAGUGAACCUCCUUCACCAAACCUCCUUCAGCAAUUUUUGAAACCAGAUACUACUGUAUAUCUUAAUGCAGAUAUUGCCAUACUUGUGUUUGCAGAAAUAUUGCAAGAUUCUAAUAAAACCAUUACACUGAC